UCUUUUUGUGUCUUUAUGACCGUCCUUGGCCGCCCAGGCGCUAGCCAAGCCAUUGGCCCGCCCGCCGGUGUCUGGGCUGUCAUGGCGGCGGGGGCGCCGCUGGAGCAUGAGAACCAGAUCUUCCUGGACCUCUUCCAUCAGGACGGGCUGGUCAUCUGCGCCCGGGGCCUGGGCAUCGACCGCCUCCUCUUGCGCUUUCUCCGCCUCUAUUGCGAGCCCGCCAGGCUGGUGCUGGUGCUGAACACCAGCCCUGCAGAGGAGGAGUUUUUUAUUGAGACGUUAAGGACGGAUAAUGUCGCUCAUCUUCCUCGACGUGUUACCAAUGAAAUCGCAAGCAACAGUCGCUAUGAAGUUUACACCCAAGGAGGUAUCAUCUUUGCAACCAGUCGGAUUCUGGUGGUCGAUUUCCUGACAGACCGAAUUCCUUCGGACCUGAUCACUGGUAUUCUGGUGUACAAAGCCCACAGAAUCAUCGAAUCCUGCCAGGAAGCUUUUAUCUUGCGGCUCUAUCGCCAGAAGAACAAGCAGGGCUUCGUUAAAGCCUUCACAGACAAUGCGGUUGCAUUCAGCACUGGCUUUUGUCAUGUGGAAAGAGUGAUGCGAAAUCUCUUUGUGAGGAAGCUUUACCUCUGGCCAAGGUUUCACGCCGCGGUGCACGCCUUUCUGGAGAAGCACAAGCCUGAAGUGGUGGAGAUGCACGUUGCCAUGACCCCGGCCAUGCGUGCCAUUCAGAGUUCCGUCCUGGACGUCCUGAAUGCAUGUUUGAAGGAAUUAAAGCAGUGUCAUCCUGCUCUGCAAGCGGAGGAUUUGUCGCUGGAAAAUGCAAUUGGAAAGUCUUUCGACAAGACAAUCCGCCACUAUUUAGACCCUCUUUGGCACCAGCUUGGAAGCAAGACCAAGUCUUUGGUCCAGGAUUUGAAGAUCCUCCGUACGUUGCUGCAGUACUUGACUCAGUAUGACUGCGUCACUUUUCUUAACCUUUUGGAGUCCUUAAGAGCAUCUGAAAAAGCCUUUGGUCAAAACUCAGGUUGGCUUUUUCUUGAUUGUAGCACUUCAAUGUUUCUAAAUGCUCGGGCCAGAGUGUACCGCCUUCCAGAUGACAAAUCAAAUAAGAAGAGAAAAGCCUCAGAGAAAACAGACAUCAAGGAAGGAAAAGAGCCGAAAAGGGAAUUGGUCCUGGAAAGCAACCCCAAGUGGGAGGCUCUGAGAGAGGUGCUGGCGGAGAUUGAAACGGAGAAUGCAAGCAGCGAUGCUCUCGGUGGGCCAGGGCAAGUGCUGAUCUGUGCGGCCGACGACCAGACCUGCGCUCAGCUCAAGGAGUACUGCACCGUUGGCGCGGAAGCGUUUCUCACCAGGCUGUACAACAAGACCUUUGGGGCUGACAAGGGCGAAGGCUGCCUGAAAGGCCCCAGGGCAGCCAAGAGCCAGGGCAGCCAUGCCAGAGAACCCCGGGUGAAAAAAGCCAAGCUGGGGCCCGCUAAGCCACACAAAAGCCAGAAGAAGCCAGAGUUGACCCUGACGCAGAUGUUGGGCAGAGGGGAGCAGGAGCCCCCAGGGGGUCGAGAAGAAUGCGAGGAAUUGAGCAGCAGCCAGGAGAGUGCCGGUGAAGCCGUGCCCGGAGACCUUCAGCUCAACCUCUCCUCGGACGCUUAUUACGGGAUCCUCAAGGAGCCUCUGACCGUCAUCCAUCCGCUGAACGGCUGCAACGACCCUUACGCCCUCACCCGGGUGCUGCACGAGGUGGAGCCCCGCUACGUGGUGUUGUAUGACGCAGAGCUGUCCUUCGUCCGUCAGCUGGAGGUCUUCAAAGCAAGCAGGCCUGGAAAGCCUCUGAGGGUGUACUUCCUUAUCUAUGGGGGUUCGACAGAAGAGCAGCGCUACCUUACCAUGCUGAGGAAAGAAAAGGAAGCCUUUGAGAAACUUAUUCGAGAGAAAGCCAGCAUGGUCAUCCCUGAGGAAAGAGAAGGGAGAGAUGAAACAAACUUGGAUCUAGUAAGAGAUGCUACUUCAGCUACCGUUUCAACUGAUACACGCAAAGCAGGUGGCCAGGAACAGAAGGGCGUACAGCACAGCAUAGUAGUAGACAUGCGUGAAUUUCGUAGCGAGCUUCCCUCUUUGAUUCACCGCCGCGGCAUCGACAUUGAGCCCAUGACCUUGGAAGUUGGCGACUACAUUCUGACGCCUGACAUCUGCGUGGAGCGAAAGAGCAUCAGCGAUCUGAUUGGCUCCUUGAACAACGGAAGACUCUAUACACAGUGCAUCUCCAUGUCCCGUUACUACAAGCGGCCUGUUCUCCUCCUAGAGUUUGACCCCAGUAAAUCCUUCUCUCUCACUCCACGGGCUUCUCUCCAUCAGGAGAUCUCCAGUAAUGAUGUCAUUUCCAGGCUCACCCUCCUUACGCUCCAUUUCCCCCGCCUUCGGCUCCUGUGGUGCCCCUCUCCUCACGCAACUGCUGAAUUGUUUGAGGAACUGAAGCAGAAUCGGCCUCAGCCUGAUGCGGUGACAGCCACGGCCAUCACCGCAGAUUCGGAAAGCCUCCCCGACUCGGACAAAUACAACCCAGGUCCUCAGGACUUCCUACUAAAAAUGCCGGGUGUCAAUGCCAAAAACUGCCAGGCCUUAAUGAAUCGCAUAAAGAGCAUUGCAGAGCUCGUAACCCUUUCGCAAGACAAACUCGCAGAACUUCUGGGCCAUGCUGCCAAUGCCAGACAGCUGUACGAAUUCAUUCAUGUACCCUCCGCAGAAGCCGUUGCUCAAGGGAAAACCAAGAGGUGAUGAAUUGCAUCGGCCCCUUGAGGGUAUACUGUUGCAUCUUUGGACCAGUCUGCCUUUCCAGGAAAUCGACAUGCUACAAUUCUCUCCAAAUUGUUCCACUUCAGAGUGCAGGUGAAGCGGUUACAUCUUUGAAUGUUAUUUUGUGUCAAAAGUUCCCUGCUUGUGGGAAACUCGAACAUAAGGGGCAAGGAUUCUAGCAUAGGUUUUUCUUCGUUAUCCUAGUUUUCUACACCCAGGGAUCUUUUUUUAACGAGAAGAGACAUUUCAAACCUACAGUCCCCCCUCUUGUGUGUUUGAAAUGAUAUAGUCCCACUCUGCUCUACCAGGCCCUCUUUUCAGGAUGUGAUGAUUGACUCUAAACCAGGAAUAGGCCAACUUUGGGCACUCCAGCUGUUGCACUUCAACUCUUAUCAACCCCAGCCGCAAUUUAUUUGGCGUGCCCGGAGGUUGCCUGCGCCUGUUCUAAAGCGUGUACCGCCUUUGGGUCUUUUGUGUGAUCAUCCUAGAAGUUUUAAAUGAAGUGUCCUAUAAAUAUUGACUAAUGAAUAAGGAUAGGUAAAAAUGCCACCAAUUAACUUUGCACAACCAAGGGAAGGGAAGCUUCUGAUGGGGGUGGAAUGCAGGCCACAUGAUGUGACUGUCUAUAAAUAAUAUUUUGUGAUGAGCAUGAGAAUAGCCAAGUUGGUGUUAUUCUGGAGGGACAAAUGUAUACAGUACAUUAAGGUCUAGCCAGAUGUAGGCCUGUCUUUCAUCCCAUGCCAUAGCACUGACUUUUACCUAGGCUUUGGGCCUAAUCCAGCAGGGCUCUAGUCUUCUUACAUUUUUAAUUUAUGGAAUUCACAGUCACUAGUUAGAUGGGUUUGAAAGGGGAUUUGACAAAUUCAUGGAGGAGGAGAAAUCUGUUGGUAGCUGAUAAGUACAAUGGCUAUAUAGACCCUCCGUGUUCAGAGGGACUGAAUACCACUGAAUACCAGUUGCUGGGGGUCAACAGUAGGACAUGAUGGUUGACUUCAUCUCCUGGUUGUGGGCUUCUUGGAGGGAUCGGCUUGGCCACUGUGAGAAACUGGAUGUUGGGUUUGAUGAAUUUUGGUCUAAUCUAGAGGUUCCCAAGCUUGAGUCACCAGAUAUUGUUGGUCUACAACUCUCUUUGGCCGUUCUGGCUGGGAAUGAUGGGAGUUGAAGUCCAGCAGCAUUUGAUGACCCAAAGUUGAGAGCCCCUGUCUACUCCAGCAGCACUCUUGUUACAUUCUCAUCUUAUGUGUCUUCCACAUGAGGUCAAGCUCCAUUUAAUCCAGAGUCCUUUGUUAGAAUCCCAGCACCUGUCAAAUUCUAAGUGUUGCACUUGAAAUUGGCCAGUAGUCUAUCUUCUGCAAAGGAAGAACUGCACACCCUCUAAUUGUAUUUCAUUUGGAUUUCUAGCCCACCCAUCUCCAGAGCUUAGUUUUGUGCAGAAGGAAAAAAGAGACCACAGUCCUUAAAGAUUUCUCAGAGGCUAUAUAUACAUGUCCUAGGAGUGUGAGGAGGGGAAGUAUUGCAAUUCUGUGCCAAGGUAAAACCAUGAUUUAUUCAUCAAGAGGCGCUGAAUUUGUUUCCUCGCUAAAUUAGACAGAUUCUAUGUAAUUGCUUAUUUUGUAUGAUGUACUUUGUGUCAUGAUACCUCCCCUGAGUAGUGACUCAGAAUUCGGUCAUGAGGAGGUGAGAUGAGCCCCCCCACCAAAGAACUGGCACCUCCUAAGCCAGCAACCUUGCACUCCCCAGUACUGGUACACCAGCUCUGUCUGCAAACAAGAUGGGAUUUGAUAGAAGGGGGAAAGUGUGCAAGACUCCAGGGCAGAGGGCUGCUCCACUCUCCCGACAGGAAGGUGGAGUACAGGGAGAUUUAAAACCUCAGUACAUAUAGGAAGUUGCCUUAUACAGAGUCACACCAUUGGUUGAUUUAACUCAGUACUGUCCACACCAGGGCUGCUCAACUUGGGCCCUCCAGCUUUUGGACUACAGCUCCCAUAACCUCCAAACACAGUGGCCAAUGGGAGUUGUAGGCCAACAUCUGCAGGAGGGCCGAAGUUGAGCAGCCCUGGUCUACGCUGACUGGCAGUGGCUUCUCUAAAGUGGUCCCUCCGAGCUUCUCCUCUGGUCUCUGCUGGAGCACACUUCUCCCUUGGAGCUGUCCAUGGUGCUGAAACUCCCAUUUGCCUCCUUGCCUUACCAGUCUCUGCCCUCAUAGACACUCCUCAUGGGUUCCCACCCAUGGUCCAGACACAACACUUUGCAUUUGUUAGUCAUGGGGAAGGGUGAUGCUGGCUGAUGAAGUUCCACCAUCCUACGUGCUGAAAAUUCUUAGAAGCCCCACCUCCCCGUUUUUCAUUUCCCUCCUUAGAUUCAGUUUAUCCAGGCACUGACAACCAUUUCAAGACUUCCUUUGCAACCUUAAAACCCAAUAAUUUGCCACUCCUGUAUCUGAAUGUUGACAUUCUGAGGAUACUGCUUCUAUUUCUACCGGUUUCUGUAUUUAUGCAUUGCAACUUGCGAGAUGCAGACAUUGCCAGAGCAAAUCAGCCUCUGUUUGGGCAACAGUGUUGGCUGACCUUUAUAUCUUUCAGAAAAAUCCAAAACCAAGUUGUCCUUCUGUCUUCGGAGGGUGAGAUUAUAUGUGGGUUGUGUGGGUAUGGUUGUCAUCUUUGGGGAGAUAAUUUCUAUGGGCUUCUGAUCGUCUGCUGAAACUGUGUGUCCUAUUUUAAUGAUGCUUCUCAGCAUCCAAGGUAGGCAGGACAUAAUAUCUGUGAAUCAAUGCAUUGCUUUGUCACCCACAUGCUGAUUAUCCCCCCACCCCCCACCCCCCAAUGUUUUAUUUAGCACAGAGGAAGACUUUUCUCCCUCAGUUUGUCUUGUUAUAUAACAUGUAAGUGCUGGGAUGAACUUAGAAUUAACAGACUACAGUUGCAUCCUACAGACUAAUUUUUCCUGAGGGGGUGGGAGGAGGUGAGAAAGCGCUAUAAGUAGCCUUCAGCCCCUGUGCUCAAGCGGGAUUCGUCUGUCGAGGGACAAGUUGAUAGAAUCCUAGAAUUGGAGGGGACUCUGUAGGCAGAGGAAGCUGCCUUGUACUGAGUCAGACCAUUGGUCCAUCUAGCUCAUUAUUGUCUACACUGACUGGCAGCGGCUCUCCCAGGCUUCAGACCGGAGUCUUUCUUAGCCCUACCUACAGAUGUUGCCAGCGAUGAGGGGCUGCCUCUGCUGAAGCAGAAAGGCACCUUUUAAAGUGGUGAUUCUCUUAUAUUUAGCAGAGCAACUGGCCUUAUCCAACCCCAGCACAGCAUCCCUCCAGUGGCGGUUGUUGGUGUCUAUCUUUAUGUUCCUUUUUAGAUUGUGAGCCCUUUGGGGACAGGGAGCCAUCUUCUUAAUUUUUUCCCUAUGUAAACCGCUUUGAAAAGGUUUGUUGGAAGCGGUAUCUUGUUAGUAGCAGCCUUACCCGGAGAUGCCAGGGAUUGAACUUAGGACCUUCUGCAUGCAAAGCAGAUGCUCUACCCCUGCAUUUUUCUGCUGUUAUUGGACCACAGCUCCCAUCACCCCUGACUAUCGGCCACUGGGACUGUGGAUGUUGGGAGUUGUAGUCCCACAGCUGGAGGGCCUAAGUUGUGCAGUCUUGGUCUGAGGUAGACACAGCAACAGCCACUGGAGGGAUGUUGUGCUGGGGUUGGAUAGGGCCAGUUGCUCUCCCCCUGUUUCAUGUAAAGAGAAGCAUCACUGGACAAAGGUGCCUCUUUGCCCAGUUAGCAGGGGCUUAGCUCGGCAUUUGCCGAGGCUGUGCAGGUACCUGCAUGAGGUACCUGCACACAUACUCGCAUAUGGAUUUACUCUCCGUUCUCCAGGGCUUCUGCACUCUAGGGCCUAGCACAGCAGCAGACUCCGUUUUCUGUUUUCCCCCCUUCCAUUUCCCCCCCACAGUAUCAAACCUCUGAAAUACCCAGAAUUGCUUUCAAUAAUUACCUGGAUCUCGAUGCUGAAUCCUUGAGACUGCAGGCCGAUCCUGGAGGGUUAGCAACUCUAGAAUGGGGAACUAUCAGGCCUGUCAUUUAGUAUUUCAUUUGGAAAUUGGGCAAGUUAGUAUUCUGAAACCUCUGGUUGGAAAUGGAAUAAAAGGAAUCUCUCCAUACUGUGAUCCUUGGGGGGCGGGGGAGUACAGAUGUAUACUAAGUACGGAAUCUUAUCGAGUAUUUUCUUCAUUAUGGUUUGCAUGCGGUCCCCUAUGCAAAAAGCUCUAAUGAUUGCCUGCGAGGCAGUCAUUACAUGUUUAAUUCUUAGGUCUAUGAAGGCAGACGAUAAAGUGGAUGAAAAAAUGUUUCUGCAAAAGCAUUGAAUUAUCUGAGAAAUAUUUUGGCUUUCAUGGAAAUCGAGCAAAAAUGUAAAUUUGGGAGUUAAAAGUUAUCCCGCUGCGGCUAGGAGAUGUUAUUGGUAGAAUAUUUCUACAGAUGUUUCUGCUCUGCUGUAAUGGCCCAGUGUCUCUCCAUGUUUCUAGUACUCUACAAAGGCAAGACAGGUCAGCUGAUUUAAAAGGAAUUUUCUACUUGCAUUAAAUGAAUUUUCACUUGAGCUUUUAUUGUUGUGGAGGGGGGGAAUAGUGUUUGUUCACUCUUCAUAUUGCAAUUGUGGCUUUUGAGAGAGUGAAUGACGAGAAAUGUUCUUGAAAAACAUAACUGUGAGGGAGAAAUCCAAAAGCAGAACUGAACACUUUAAUUUCCUGCACUGCUUUGUUUUGCAUUUUGCUGUGGUCAGUCUGGAACAAAGGAAGCAGCCAGGAUUCCAUGGAAAUCGGCUAAAGCAUUCAUUGAGCUUUGUCUGGAUUACGCCUCCACAACUUGAAACUGAACCGAACGUAGUUAGCUAGCCAUGAUCUGCAGCCAAUGUGUAUUAAACAUAGGCACGGAUGGACAGACGGACACACGUGUGUGUGUGUGUGUGUGUGUAUUUUAUUUCAUUUCAUUUCAUGUUAUUGAAUUUCUAUACCACUUGAUAUGGAAAUCUCUAGGCGGUGUACAAAUUAAAACAUAAUAUAAAAUAUAAAACAUUUUAAAAUCAUAAAAGAUAAAAAUCACAAUAGAUAAAAACACAUUAAAAUUUAAAAUUCAAAUUUCAGUUAAAAGCCUGGGAAAGCAGGUACAUCUUCAGGGUCCUCCUAAAAACAAACAGCGAAGGAGAUGCUCUUAUUUCAGCAGGGAGCACGUUCCAAAGCCCUGGGACAGCCACAGAAAAGGCCCGGAGCACACACAUCGACUCAUGUGCUGCUUGGAAGUCUCAGGUUAAUAGCAAAAACCCGGGGGUGGGGGGCAGUGUCCACCCACUUUGGGUGCCUUGUGUUCUUGUUAGGCUGUGUUGUCUCCUACUAGUAUUUUAUUUUUAAAAUGUGUAUCCCGACUUCUGGCCUUCGAAAAUUGACAGAGGCUCUUAACAACAAGGAGCAAAAGAACAGAGCGGAAGCAAAAAGGAUUAAAAUGCUGGAUGAUGGCAUCCUAUGCCUACUGUACCUGCAUCCCUGGUGUAUCGGUUAGAGUGUUGGAUGAGGAACGGGGAGAUCUGGGUUCACAUCCCCAGUCACCCACUGGGGGGCUGGGCCAAGCUGUUCCCUUAAGGUGAGGUAGCCUAACCUACUUCUAAGGCUUCUUGUGAGGAUCAGCGUAACCAUGUACGCUGCUCUACAAAUGUAAAAACAGAUCGGUAAGUAGAUAAAUACAUGUUAAUAGGCGCACAGAAUUGGGCAGCACACAGCAUCUAGUGGGUGGAAUACCAGCAACAGCCGCCACUGGAAGGCUGCUGUGUGGGGCAGUUUCGUUCCCCUCUGCUAAAUAUAAAGAAGCCCCCACUUUCAAAGGGGCCUCUUUGCCCAGUCAGCAGGGGUGCAGGGUAUGAACGCGCUGAGCUCCUCUCCUUUGCUGGAGGUUUUUGAAUGGAGGCUGGGCAGCCAUUUGCCUAUAGCAGUUUCCUGCACUGAGUAGGGGGUUACCCUAGUAGGCCUCCGAGACCCCUUCCCACUUGAACGUUCAGUGAGUCUGUGGUUUUUUGCACACGUAUUUGUUUAGAAGCUUCAUUGAGCCUAAUGGGGCUUUCUUCCAAGGACAUUUACAUAAGGUAGGGCUGCCUGGGUAUUUUGAAUUGAACAAACAAAGAGUUUAAGAAGAUCUUCAGUGAGAGUUCUUGUGACUCAUGCCAAAAGAUUGUUGUUUUUUUUAAAAAAUAUAUAUAAUAAUAAAAUACAUACAGCCUUUGACAAGUGAUUGCUAGUCCCAAGAUAAUGAACCACUUCCAGAAACCAAAAGGGAAGUGGUGCUCCAGCGUGCAGUUAUCUUAACAGCCAACUAUUCUGGGAUCCUCUUAAAAAUUGCCUCAUUGUUUAUUCUGGGUAUGGUCUACAAAUAAAACCGUUUCUAUAUAUAAAGGGACGUUGUCCUGAGCUUGCUUUACCAAGUGUCAUUUUCAUAGAUACGGCACGGACUCCGGUUACAAGGGCAGAAAUCUCUCCUGUUUAUGUAAUGUAAUCCGUUACAACCAUUUAGUGUAGUGGUUGUCGACUUUCCCCAUGACGUUUGCCAAGAGUGAGUGACUCCAGUGUGUGCAAAUGUGUCCCCGUACAUAUUUGUGAAUUCUCUGUGUGAUUGGUUCACAAGGUAACCUGUGAACUGCAGUGUAGCUCAGUAUGGGUUGCUAACCAGGGACAUUGCUUGGUACUUAAAAGAUCUGGGGUUCAGGCCCACAAUCCCCGCAGUUUUAAUAAUUCAAACUUUUCAUGUUCUCUCAAGCAGGGGGGUUCCCAACAUCUGGCACUCCAGAUGUUGCUGAACCACAACUCCCAUCAUCCUCAGCCACAUCGUAACUGGGAAUUAUGAGACUUGUAGUUCAGCAACAUCUGGAGUAUCACCAGUUGGGGACCCCUGCUCUAAAGAAAUCCAGUGCUCUCUGAAUGUUUUCGAACCCUUUAAUCAAUUGGAUUAGAACCCGUGCUAACUGAGCAAAGUGACACAAUUUUAAGUGGUGAUUCUCUUAUCUUUAGCAGGGGAGAGCAACUGGCCCUAUCCAGCCCCAGCACAGCAUCCCUCCAGUGGCUGCUGCUGGUAUCUGCCUUAUCUUUCUUUUUAGAUUGUGAGCCCUUUGGGGAUGGGACCAUUUUAUUUAUGUAUUUUUCUUUGUAAACCACUUUGUGAACUUUGGUUGAAGAGCAGUAUAUAAAUAUUCGUAGUAGUAAUUAGCAAAGUGGUAGCCUCAGGCGGUAGAUUACUGAGGCAAGAUUCCCUCUGCUGUUGCCAUCAGAACACUUCUUCAAGACCAGUCUGGCCUUUGCAAGGAGUGCAUCUCCUCACACUCUUUGCAAAGUUUGCAAAGAAGCUUUGCGGAGAGAAGAGGAGGCUGGUAACCUUCCCUCCUCCUCUACUCCCUGUGCCAUUUCCAGUCUGCAAAGGUUGUUAAAGAAAGCCGGUCCCCACCAGGGUUGUGGGGCAAAGUAGCAUUUAGUCCCCGGUUCCAUCCCUGGCCUCUCCAGGCAGGGCUGGGAGAGACUUCUGCCUCAGGUCUUGGAGAGCCACUGCCAGUCAGUGUAGACAAUACUGAGCUAGAUGGAUCAAUGGUCAGUGAUCAAUGGUCUGGCUCAGUAGAAGGCUGCUUCCUAUGCUUCUAACAUCAUCUGCCAAAGUGUUGUGAUGCAGACAAAAGUCCUCUGCUGAACACUGGGCCUUUGGGAACAGGUUGGUUGGACAGGCUAAGGCAGGGAUCUCAAGCUGUAGCCCCACCUGCAGAUGUUGGCCUACAACUCCCACCAUCCUUGGCUGGCCAUUGUGAAUGGAAAUUGUUACUACUACUACUGAUGGGGUGUUGUAGUCCAACAUAUGUUCCCUAUGUGAGAAGUAGGGAAUCUGAAUGCAUUCCUUAGCCCAGAGGGUUUCCAACUUUGGGUCCUCAGCUGUUUUUGAACUACAACCAUCAUCAUCCCCCAGCAACAGUGGCCUUUGUUCCAACGUUGGGAACCUCUGCCCUAGUGUGCUCAGCCAACCUGCUUUCCAAGACAUUGCAUGUGGUAAAAGAUAACAAGCCAGGGAUCAGUAAAUGGGGAUGAUCCUUGGUUCAUUGGAAGAGCUGUUGCUUGGUGGACGGAUCCUCCAUUAAGACGACUGUUGCCUUUGUAUGUACAACUGUGUAGAAAGAUACUACAAGGUCUGGGUUCGAGUGUAAAAAGAUACGACCAGAUUGCUAGGCAAUCUUUGGCAAGGGACAGAAAAUGAGAUUGUUCAUUUUACUAUCUGAUUUGCAAGCUUAUUUUUGCAAGCCUAAUUAGAUGUUGUAGGGCAAUGUACUCAUGUAACACUUCCCCAUUCCAAGCGGAUAGUUCUUCCCUGAAGAUCUAAUAAUGUGCCUUUUAUCUUGAUUUGGGGUUUGGCAACUGGAACCUCCUGGCAUGCUUUCUUUUGAGAAGCCCAUUUGGUUGUGCAAUCAAGUCCGCUUGUUUUCUUACGAUUAUUUUUGGGAAAAGACAAUUGUUAUGGACUUAAAGCAGAAUCAGUUGUAAGACUUUUGUUUACAGGGAAGUUAAACUGAUUUGGCCUUGUUCCUUUUGGCCAGCUUUCAAACCUCUGUGCAUAGUUUGUUAGCAUUAUUAAUGAUACAUUAAAUAGCACUUUCCAUCGG